CGAUGGGCUCGUGCGAUCCCAAGGACGUGCAAAAGGCGUGCGUGUUCCUGUCGGUCUCUUGCGAUCGAGUGGCAAAUUGGGCCAAAGAUCGACAAGGUCGCUCUGGUUCUCGACCACAUGUGAACUGUUUUGAUUGAAAUUUUUUUUCUGGUUAUCAUUCCUACUAACAAUUCUCCCUCACUUCCUCAGCAGUUCCUCAGUUUCGUUGGUGUUCCAUGUCCGUGUUUUCUCCGUGCUUUAAAUUAUGCCUUGGUGAGAUUCUGCUGAUUGGCCGGUGUCAGGAUACUGAGGUAAAGCCACAGCGAUGGGAAGAGCUUGGAGCCACAGCGGACGGUGCUCGCACGGUGAUUGGACCGGAUCUUGGUUCCAGGCUGGAGGGAGCAGUCUUCCCUUGUCGACAAGGCUACUUUCACCAUGGGAUUUCUACCUUUGCAGGUGCAAGUUCGGAUCCGGACCCCUGGAUGGCCUGGCCCUCCACUUUCCCUCCGUUCCUUGUCCGUCUCGUUGGUUCCCUCUUGCUAAAAUGUUGUCUAUACCUCUCUUCGUUACGAUGCACGUCUCUUUACACGAAUUUUUACCCCCAAUCCAAGCUCCUAGAGCUCCCCAGCGAGCUGCCAACUUCACAUCAUACCCUUUCCCACCCUUGGAAGCCCCGCCGAGCCCUUUUCCCGGUCUCGCUACUGCAUGCUGGUGGAAUUUCGCACAGUUAUGGCUUUUUGCUAUUCCAUAGUACCCUCGUUGACCCUUGGCCCGGGUCCUUUCUAGUGAAUUAUCUAUACCUCUUUGUCCCGUCAUCCGUUUUCUUUCCACUUCUCCUCGCACAUUCUCGACCUUUCCCUUUUUCCUGUCCCUAGCCACACAGAUUCCUAACGGAAUUAUUUUUUUUAUCAGAGAAGAAAAGGCUCAGGGUGGUUUCGUCAACUUCUUGCACUGUCCAUAUCCUACUUUUCCUUUUCUGGUCCCUGCUCCCCCACCAACCUGCCAGUGAUUCUCUCCUUCUUUUCGCCACAGCCACGCGCAGUUCUCCGCGGCGGGAAGACGUUCACGGGACUUCGUUCCGGGCACCAAUCGCUUCAAACAGGACACCGACUUCACUUCUCGUCACUUUCAUAUCACCGGAUGGACGGCCGCUCCAGCUGGUGCCGGCAAAAGUGACGGCAGCUCAAAGAUCAUCAUGCGCUCAGUGGUCGA